UGAACGUUCAACUAAAAAAUAUGAGUGCUUUUUAAUCAAAACCAAAAAAAAUAUACCAAGUAAAUAAAACCAUACGGUGAUAUUUUGCCCAAUUAAACCAAAAAAGAAAAAAAAAUUAAAACUAAUAAGGAGUUAUGAAAUAUUAUUAACGAGUGCUUUGCAAAAUCCACAAGCUGGAGAAAGACACAGAAAAAAGAAAAAUUAUCUGACACGAGUAAAUGCAGUAGAUGCACAAUUUUGGACAAUGGAUUACCAAAUUGUGUUCAAACUUCGACCCGUGUUAAUAAUUUUCACACUCCACAGUGCGUUAGCAAUUGUGAAUCGUGAUUUAGUCUUAACACCAAAACAAGGCCUGCAAUUGAGUGGCAAACGCAUUUUCUAUGAUGAAAACGCUUACGCAGAUGCAACAUUGCCCAGCAGCAGUAAUAGCAGCAACAGCAUGAACAGUGCAACAGGUCCGUGGGAACGUACCCUGAAACAUGUUACAUAUUUAACUCUAUUUACAAAUGCCGCUAAUGGCAUAAUUACUGGGAAUUUCAGCAAAGUCAAAGAGUACAAUGACUUCCUGCAAUCGCCCUACAUCCGAUCGCCUAAACCCAUUGACUCCCGAUUUGGCGACAUUGUUACUUUGGCCCAAGGUCGCCUUGAAUCUUUGCCUUCUGGGCUGUACCGAUUCGUCGAAGGCAAUUGUGAUUACCAGUGUGCACGGGAAAAUAAUAUGGUGGCCACAUGGCAUGUGCAAAAAAUUCGCCAUCGUGAUGUGGACCGAAAAUUUCAUUACGAAAUGAAAUUCAGCGUUAGUCCCAUGACUGGAGCCAGACCCAGCGAGACAGUGGUCAGGGGAGGUCCCAACAAAAGGACCAUAGCGGAGAGUUCGAAACCAAAUAACAUACAAACAUUUAUACAAAAGGAGGAUGAUUAUCCACACAGCUUUAGUAAAAUACUCUCGGGUAAUCAGGAUGACGAUUUUGCAUAUCGCCGUCAAGAUGGUUUAAGAAGCAUUCGCCAAUACACUCAUGAACAACAACAACAUCAUUCACAAGUUACUCCCAUGCCACAGCCUGCAUUCCUCAGAGGCAUAUAUCGUCCACCACCUCCAGCGCAAGACUCCCACUCCCCUUACUUGGUUGCGAAUAGUCCACGGCCGUUCCCAGAGUCUUUGAAUAUCGGUGAAUAUUACAACGGAGCAUAUGGGCCCAAAGCAUCUCCAAAAAUCGAAUUGUUUCCCAAUUUGUUGACCAUGAUGUUUGGAAAGCCACAAAUUUAUCAAAAACCUCCAUCAACAUUUAGACCACCCAGCGCAUACCAACAAAUGCAAUUUCCUCGACCUGAUGUGUAUACACCGCAGAAUAACAAUGUACCUCCCUUUGUACAUCAUCAUAAGCAGUAUACCCCAUCUAUAAAUCACGCGGCCUUUGUACAUCAUCACGAAUACAACAAAUUAGCAGAGUAUUUUCCAACACAACAGCAGCUUACAGCAAAAGAUUCUAACAAUCCUGUAAUCACCCAUCACUACCAUCAUCAUUUCUUUACGGCCAAUGCAACCGACAGUAGCGAACGUGAUGGGGUCCAAGAAAGUAGUGAAGACCAGAAAAACUUAACACCAAUUACAGAUUAUGUUGCAACUGUCGAACAAGAAAAGCCACAAAUUACUGAUAUCCAUGUGGUAACACCACAGAAAAAAAACGAAGAUGUUCAUGUGGUAACACCACAGCCUCUACAAUUUACUCAAGUGUAUGAUGACCAACCUCACCAUGUACAGUUACAGGAGCAGUACCAACAACAGAUACAUCACAAUCCUCAGUACUAUCAGCAGAUAGAACACAAUUCACAUCGCCAGCAGGCACAACAAAUUCACAAAGUGCCUCUCGCGCCCCAAAAGUUUAUAUUUCCCAUUGCUGAAAUAGAACAGCAUCGGGUGGUUCACGUAACCCCGGUACCACCUCUGAGAAAACCCCAAUACAAUCCACAGUACUAUCAUCCUUUGUCACAACAUCACUUCACUACAACCAUCCAAGGACCACUUGCCAUUUAUCCAGCUAAUGUCGAAGAAGAAAGAGAAGGAGAAGAUCUUCCAACGCCACGCAGUCAUAGCAAUCCAUUCAUUCAGAGUCAACCAAUGUCUGAGGAGAAUAUAAGAUAUUCUGAACCAGAUCCCUUAUACGCUAAAAACAAUGACAAGGUAAAGGAAGAAGUUACCUAUGGAGAUGAAGAAAACCAAAACGAACCUCAAUUGGAAUUGCCACAGCAAUAUCAACUGCCAUUGGAUCAGGAAUCCACACCGAAGGAAGAUAGUAAUAAAGACAAUUCGGAAUCGAUAGAGGCCCAAGUUCCAGCUCCUAGGAAAACGGCAAACUUAGAGGCCUUUGAUGAAGAUAUCGAGUCUGAUCAUCAAGAGGAAGUCAGUACUCAAAGGGACAUUCAAUUAUCGGAACAAAAUACCAGUCAUUCCACAUCAAUCAAGAUAUCCACUGAAAACAGCAUUGAGACUGAACCUACAAACAAAGCCACCUUAGCAACAACUAAGCCCAAAGGAUUUUCAUCCAGAGCUAAAAGAGUACGCGUAAAGGUAACAAGACUGGUCGCAAGCACAACAACGUCAAAACCCAAGGUGUUCUCGACGAGAGUAACAACAGAGAAAGACCCAAGCACUACAAACACUUCCACCUCCGGUCCAAACUUUUCGAGCAAUUCAAAAUCAAACAAACACUUUGUCUCAACAUCCACUACCGAAACACCAUUAAAAGCCGUCAGUCGAUAUAGAAGUUCAAACAAACGAUUAAGCAUAUCAACAACGACCACUGAAAAACCUGUGCUAAAGUGGAAGCCCCGACGUAAAGAAGCAAACGCCAAGGCAAUUAAUCUAAAAAAUAUCGCUCACGAAUCUGUGGACCCCUCCAACAAUCAAAAUAAUGGGGAUGAAACUAAAGCUAAGGCCAGUAUUAGGGAAGUUAAAAGGAUUAAAGGUUUACCCUCCCAGUCAUAUUGGUCAACCACUGAAAGUCAAACAGAACCCGCACUCGAGAUAUUAAAUGCUGAUACUACUACUUCCACCACCAUGCCCUCCAUAUUCGAUGCAUCAUCGCAACCACCUUCAACCACCAGUGUCUCAGAAGUCUAUGAGGUCUUAACACAAAAAUCGAUCAGCUACAAAGUUGGUGAAGAUGGACCUGAAAUUCCCGUCAUUUUUGACGAAGCCGAAAAUGAAGUAAAAGCUCAAUAAGGGAUCAAGCUAGAAACCAAAACCAAACAGCAAGAAACAAUUAAGUAUUGAAUAUACUUGUCUCUGUAA